UUAUAAAUACUAAUUAUUCACCGUAAAUUUUAUCCAUAAAUAUGCCCAUACAAAUAUUUUGUUGUCAUCCUAAUUUUAUUAUAAAGUGAGAAAAUAAAAGAGUAAUUUAGAAAACUCAACGGUAGGAGUGAAAUUAGUCAAAGUCUUGACCUUCGUUCUUCUUCUUUGUUGUUCACAUUCUUCUCAAAUUCUGUGUAUCAGUUCGAUUUCAUUCCAUUCUCACACACAACCCAACCAUGACACAAUGUCCAUCCACUAUUCUCCGCCCUCGUUGCCCACCCUUCAAUCCAUCCGCCGCUCUCUCUCCGAUAUCUCUUCCCCGCCGCCAGACCACCGCCCCUUCGACACCCCACGACGCUUCGCCGCCUUCGCCAACCGCCUCUCCCAACUGCUCCUCCCCCCACUUCCUCAAUCUCCCCCUAUCCACACCGCUCUCAAGGGACUCGCCGCUGAGCUCUCCAAGGCCGCCGAAACCCUCUCCGUCUACAACAACGGCAGCAAGGUUCUCGUCCUCGUCCACUGUAAAUCCCUAUGCUCCUCCCUUCAAGAUCGCGCUGUAGCCAUUGCCGCCUGGCUCGCACUCCUCGCUUCCGCCCUCCCAUCCGGCGACAGCGACGACGACUUCCGCAAGAAGGUCUCCGACCUCGCCAGAGACAUGAAGCUCGCCCAGUUCAGAGUCUCAGAGAACGAAGAGAGGGUUUGGUGCACGCUGGAAAAGGAAGGAGAUGGGAGAGACAGCAGUAAAGCAGUGCAAAGUGGUAUUGUCAUGGAUUUGGCUCGUGCUUUGGGGUUUGACCCUGGUGAUCGUGCUGAGUUUUUUAACCAGGUGAAGCUCUUCAAAGGUGAUCCUUUUAGAUCCCAAUCUGUACCUGAGAGAAGGGUGUUGGUGUCCUUGGAGAGAAUUCUUAGUAACUGGUCUGCGGAGCCUGUCACUGUGACCCCCAAUUGGGACUUUGAAAUUGCUGAAGAUGCUGCUGCUCCUGUUUUUCCAUUUAAGAGUUUUCUCUGCCCCUUGACCAAGGAAGUCAUGAGGGACCCUGUGGUUGUUCUGGAGUCUUCUCAGGCCUAUGAGAGGGCUGCUAUUGAGUACUGGUUUGAACGGUGCAUUCAAGAUGGCCGUGAUCCCACUUGUCCGGUUACUGGCACGGUUCUUAAGUCCUUGGAGCUGAAACCUAAUAUUGGGUUGGCUGGGGCAAUUGAAGAGUGGGUUGGCAGGGUUAUCGAUUAUCAAAUCAAAUCUUCAGUGCAGUCUCUUAAUGAGGAACCCUUGUCUGUUGAUCAAGUUGAGCGUGCUCUGGAUCAUGUUUAUAAGGUUUCUGAAGAGCACCCCUCUAGCAGAUACAUAAUCAGAAAUGCUGGUGUUGUGCAGUUGAUAGUAACACUGCUCAGUAAUAACUCCAAAACUAUUGGAUCACGUUUGAGAAGCAAAGCUCUAACGACUUUACUUAGUAUGGCCAAGGAUGAAGAAAGCAAGAAAAUAAUGCUGGAACGGGGUAUCACUAGAUUGGCCGUACAUAGUCUUAUUGGGAGCUCUACGAAGGAGAGAGAAUAUGCUACCAAGUUAUUACUGGAAUUCUGCAAUGAUGAAGAUUGUUGUGCAAGAAUAGCAUCAGAAAAGGGUGCUUUAGUUCUUCUCUCAAGUAUAGCAGGAAAUAUGGAGUAUCCGUCUUUGUCAAAAUUAGCUGAGGAAGUCUUGAGGCUAAUGGAGAGGGUAGAGGAUAAUGUUCAAUGUUUGGCAGCAGCUGGAAGAUUUGGACCAUUGAUUUCACGGUUACGUGAUGGUUCUGUUGGUGUAAAGAUAGAGAUGGCUUCUCUGGUGGGAAGGAUGACUUUGACAAAUAGCUGUAAAGAACAAAUUGCAAGGCAAGGUGCCCGAGUAUUUGUUGAACUUCUGUUUCAUCAAGAAGGAAGGGGACCGAGUCUGCAAGCAUUGUAUAAUUUGUCAGGAUUGGAUGGCAAUGCAACUAUCCUUAUUGAGUCUUCAGUUCUUCCAUCUCUUAUAGAAGUUUUAUUUCAUACUGAGGAUCCAUCUCAUGAGCUGAAGUCAUUAGCAGCUUCAACAAUUGCGAAUAUUGUAUCUAAGCCAGGGCAUUGGGAAUUAGCAUCUGCUGACAAGGAUGGAAACCCAAUGCAUUCAGAAAUUAUUGUUUUAAGACUUUUGGGGCUUUUGAACUGCUUGCCUUCUCAGUGUCAAGUGAUAGUUCUUCGCAUUCUUUGUGGUAUUACAUUAUCUCCUCAAGCAUCAGAGUUAGUAGCAAGCCAUAUCACGUCUAAGGGUGGCUUUGGAACGAUUAUACCAUUUCUGGAACAUCUAGAAGUUGAACAUAGAGUGUUUGCUUUUAAGCUUACAAGGCUACUAUCUGAAUGGUUUAGUCAAUACAUUGCAAAUGAGUUGAGACUUUCAAACAAGCUUACUAUACUCAAAGAAAAACUGUUAAAUAACCAAUCUACAAGUGAUGAGAGAUCAGAUGCAGCACAGAUACUUGCCAAUAUUUCCCUCUCAGAAGAUGAAAUACGGACACUUUUAGGAGGUAAUUUUGUGGAAUGGACUGCUGUUACUCUCAAGAAUCAGCUGCGUGUUUCCAAUGCAAGGUCUUCUCAGACUGCAGCAGGCAUGCAGGAAGGUCUUAUAGGUCUCUUGCUUCACUUCACUAGGAACCUUGAUCAAGAAACUCUUAAUAUAAUUAGAGAAAAUCACCUUAUGGCCAUUUUCUGCGAGCAGCUAGAUUAUAGUUCAAAACCAAAGGUAAAACGACUAGCUGCCAUCGGAUUGAAAAACUUGUCUGAAUUUGGAAGGUCAGAUACUGCUAGGGAUUCUAAACCACCAUCUUCCAGUGGAUUCUGUUCCUCCCUUGUGCUUGUGUGCGGGAGAGCCUCUAGUCAACCUUCCACCUGUCCAAUUCACAACCGUCCGUGCCAUGAAGAUAGUCAAUUGUGCCUACUCAAGAGCAACUGUAUCAAACCCCUGGUUAAUAUCCUCAAUGACAGUGACACCGAUGUUCAACUAGCUGCAGUGGAUGCACUUUCUACUCUACUACUACUAGAUCACACAUCUCGCAGUUUUAAAAGAGUUGUUGAUGAGCUUGAACAUUUGGGUGCAGUUGAUGCUCUUACCACUCUUUUUACUGAAGUUAGAUCUGAGGAGCUUCGGGAGAAGACAAUUUGGAUGAUCGAAAAGAUAUUGAGAGUGGAAAUUAUCAGCAGUCGGUAUGCACUCAAUCAUUCUCUUGUGAGAGCUUUGGUUGAAGCCUUUAAGCAUGGCAAUACCAACACGAGGAAACAUGCUCAAGAUGCUCUUACCCUUCUAAAGCAGUUAUCAGGAGUUAGUGGAAAGACAUCAAGUCAAACUCGAAUCAAGAGAUAGCAAAAGUUGCAUUUAUUCAGUCGUUCAAAUGUUGUAUAAUCAAACAACAAUCUUUGCCCAUUGUUUGUAUAGAAGUCAUAAGAGUUAUGAUUGUACAUAUCAACCAUGUAAUAAUGACAUUAUAGGAAUAUGACGCAGUGUAAACUUUCAUCUUGCAAAGGAUACUUGUAUUUUGACACCCCAAUUUUUUUUACUACUAUUUGACAUUACCCCUCA